AUGGCAGCCAAGAGCCCAGUGCAACAGAUUUACGACAUUCUCAACGGUCUCUACGGUGAGAAGUUAGACCUAAUCAAUCAUCCAAAUGCAAAGCCGACACAGAUCUUCCAGAUGGAGUUUGCGGCACGCAUCUUGGACAAAGGAACCUACGACUAUCCUGGUAGUGAUACUAUCAAUGCUCAGCAGGUCAAGCCGCAGGUGGUCCAGGAAGCAGAAUUUCGCCUUGCAAACGACAUUUUACCACUUUCAAAUGUGAUGGGCGGUCCUACCGGGGCGAAGCUGGCCGACAAAUACAAUGAUAUCCUGUUUAGUCUGGUCCCCACUGUCCCGGAGCACGACACAAUGGCGGAUCUCAUUCACUCGGAUCAAGACAAGAUAUGUGCAUGGCUACUGGAGGAAGYCCCCAAUUGGAUUCCCCCAAAGGAUGACAUAUUAAAGGACAUUCCUAGCGACUUUGACGAGCACAAACUGGAGAAACCUUCCAGCGUACUAGUACCGGAUGACGAGGGAGAGGAUCAGCGCAAGACCAUUCCUCGGAUUGACCUGUAUCAGAAGAUCUUGGAUUCAUACGAAAUCGAACGCUUUCGAUGGGUUCAAUUCAAGCUGAACGCAAGACCUAAAGAUAUGGCGACCGCCACGCCCGCUGCCAUCGACAACUACAAUCGUAUGCUCGCCUAUUUCGCACCGGUCAUUGAUAAGAAACUGGAAGCAAUGUGGACCAUGUUGCUGAUUCGCGGUCAAUACCAUCGGGUUCGCCGCUUCAUUGGAUUCGUGGAUGUGGAGAGCGCUUCGGGGUCUCUUCAACGUGCCAAGGAGAGUCUACGAGCAUCAGUGAUGCGAAGCAUAGACGAUGCGGAAGACGUCUACCCCGUUUACUUCUCGCCGGCCACUUGGGCGACCAAGCUUAGCACAGCUUUCAAGCCUGAAGAUCUGCUCUCUAGUGAGGAGUCGGUCCGAGAGCAAAUGUUCGCCAAACAGCGAGAAAGGGGCCAGCUGCUCACGAAGAGGAACGACGUCAAGGCAUCCCAGCAGGACUUGAAGCCUUUGCAGGAUGCGGAGCAGGCAGCACGCAACAAGUUCAUGGAAAGCCGCGACAAGAUGGUCGGAGGCUAUUCGGACACUGCCAUUAAACUCAUCAAAAUGUACUUUGAUGCCAAGAUGCAGCAUGCCAAAAACCAAGAGGCAUUCUUCAAUGAUUUCGGUCAGGGCGCCAAGAAGGAGCUCGACGAUAUCAUGGAGGCAGAUGCCCAGCCUCCGCUCACGGCGGAGCAAUUCGAGCAACUCAUGACGAUGCAGAAGGAAUGCAUCUCCAAUCAAACAUCGCUACAGAAUGCAAGCGAAGCCUUGGCGAGGUCUCAGCUCGCGACUGCGCAGGUUCGCGGCAACGAUACCUCCGCUUUCCUCUACGAACUCGAGGAGAAGAUCUCGUCAUUGACCCUCGACAUUGAAUACUUGAUGCAGAUCCUCGACAAGUCGUCCAAUGCCACCCUCAAGGCGCUUCACGCGCCAGGCCAACCUGGUGGUCAAGACAUAUCCGCCACCCCCCAACACGCAGAUGUAACGGAGGCUGUUGUGGUACCCCAGGAUGGGGACGCCUCGAUUUGGACCGAGACCAGACAAAGUCUUUCCAGGUCCACCACUUACGAUUCUUCAUUGAAGACCGCGUCAGGAUCUCACACUGACUGGACCAUCGACUUAUUCUUCGGAUCUGCCUCUGGAAGUCAGACCACCACUGCAGGAUCCAGCCACGAGACUCACGACACCAGAAAUGUCGAAAUUCAAAUUGCGUUCCGCAGUAUGAAAGUCCAGAUUUCCAGGCCCUGGUUCAACGCAGGUAUAUUCGACCGGUUGCCCGAGUAUACGUCCACAUCAGCAACUCCAGUUCAGACGAUUCUACCCGCGUAUCCCAUCGCCUUCAUCGUUGUCAAGGAUGUGCACAUUGUGCUCAAGCAGACCGCAGACUCCUGGGGCACCAAGGCGGCGGACUUGCAGAAGAAUAUGAGUGCAGGCGGUGGAGUCUUGUGCUUCAGCGUGGCCAAAUCCGAGAGUUCGAGCGAGCAUCGUACCGCUGCUUCCGUGUCUCAGAGCGGAGACUACUUGUCCAUUCGCAUUCCGGCGCCUCAGAUUCUGGGUUGGAUCCAGCAAUACGUACCGGCCGCGACCACCCAGCCGGGGUAUGGUCCUAUCGACCCCAAAGAAUUCCUUAGCGCUGUCAAGGACAAGGCUUCUGAUAAUGUCAGCGUCAAGACUUAG